AUGGGAGCUGCGGUCGGGCAUGCAGGUGUGGAUUGUUGCGUGCCAAAUGGCGAGAACGCAGAGCCGGGCACAACAAGCCAAACCUUGCCUUCCGGAAGUUGCUUUGUAGACUCAGAGCCCGCCUGCGCGUUCGAUUGUGAUGAGGAUGGUGCUCCGGAUAAGGAGUCUCCUCAAGCUGAGUCUACUGCACCUUCAGCAGUCCCAUAUCUCCGUAGGGCUCCCACAGAGUCCCUCCACGCAGAUGCAGAGCUCAUCCGUUCGGUGAGUUUGGCCACCACGUUGAAACGUUUUGGCCGGCUUUGGCGACUGCGCCCAGAGAAAAUGAGCAAGGCACAGCUGGAGAAGUUGUGGGCAACCUCCGUGGGGACAGAUAGCUUCGAUACGUUUCUGUCGCAUACAUGGUGGACGCCCGGAUAUCAGAAAUACAUCUCCCUGCUGCUCCAUUUUUACUGGCAUUAUGCCCUGUCAGCUAUGAUUGUGACUUGGCUGGUGAUCUUGAUGUUGUACGGCUGGGACAUCUUACCCAUGCCUCUGCCGUACCCGGCGAACUUUGUGCAGUUCCGAGGCGAAAUAAUGUCCGGCCCAUGGUCAUUGCUGCUGAGUUUUGUAGCCGCGCUUGUGACCCUGGCUCUCGCUCCUGCCUUGCCAUCCUGCCGAACCUACAGAUGCUUCUAUGAUGUGGCAUGCAUACAUCAGACAGAUGCUGUACUUCGUACGCGGGGCAUCUACGGCAUUGGAGGUUACCUUUCGGUCGCAAAGGAGCUCCGCAUCUUGUGGUCUGGGCCUCGGCCCGUUGGUGCAGCAAGCCACCCUUCGGGGCGUAGGCCACUGCACUGUAAAGCACACACACACACACACACUGGGCCUCUCUUGUCCAGAUUGUGGUGUAUUUUUGAGCUUGCCGCGUAUCGUCACGCAAAUGCACGCGGCAAGCUGACAUUCCAGCCAUUGUUCAUAGAGCGGAACUUUCUGGCACUCUGGCCUUGCUGGUUCUUCGUUCCCAUCACGUAUACCAUGGUCAAUGCCGUGUCAAACGGCUUGACCUUCAUCCCGGGCUUCAUCAGUCUUGCAGCCGUCAUUCCUGGCGCUCACGCCAUUCGACGAGGCUUCCAAGAGCAAGAAAGCAGUCUGCAACAGAUGGCUAACUUUGACCUGAGCAAGGUGUCCUGUUCUGAUGAUGCAGACAGACAGUUUAUUCUUGCAGCCUUAGUUGAGUGGUACGGGAGCACGGCUGCCUUCACCGACUACGUCCGUGGACCAUUGAGGGCUGAGCUGGUGAAAGCGGCAGAGGCUGCGACAGCACCCUUGUCCUACUGCUUGCUGAUCUACAGUCCGGCUUUGGCAAUGUCUUUUGACGUGCUUGGAGCCUUGUGGAACGCUGGUGCCCCCAGCGAGGUUAUCUGGAGUUACUUUGUUGGCGAGACGAUCUCGUCUGCCAUCAUGUCAGUGGCUGUUACUCAACAGGUUCUCAUCGGCCUUUGCCAGCGGUUUGCGAAGCCCAGGUUCGAGAGCCGCGCCAUGGACUACCUUCAGACGGCUGGUGUGGUGCUCGUGUAUUCCAUGGUCUCAGUGUUGGCGCUCGCGAAGGUGCCGCUCUAUCGGAAUUAUGGCAUGCCUGGUGCACUGAUAGGACUCGCACUGUCAGUACUUUUCUUUGCCGCAAUGGUCACUCGUGGCUUCAAAAGGUUGAGGGCAAGCGUCAAGAAGCAAGCGAAUGCCGACGGCAAGGGAACUUCGGGGAGGAGGUCAGAAACAGCAAGUUAG